AUGAAGGGGGUGACAUUUCACAGUUUUUGUUACUCUUACUUCAAGGUGUGUCUACUUGUGAUCUUAUUGGCGUACGGAUCCGCGGAAGGGGAUGAAAACUCCAGCCAAAUAGCUAAAACUAUAAUCGUAAAUCCAAACGAUGCUAGAUAUUACAAAACGGUCCAAAGUGCAAUCGACUCUAUCCCUCUGCAAAACCAAAACUGGAUCCGUAUCCUCAUACGAAGCGGUAUUUACAAAGAGAAAGUAACAAUACCAGCGGAUAAAGGAUACAUAUAUAUGCAAGGCAGAGGAAUUGAAAAGACGAUAAUAGCUUACGGCGAUCAUCAACAAACCGAUACUAGCGCCACUUUCACGUCCUAUGCUAGCAAUAUCAUCAUCACUGGAAUCACCUUCAAAAAUACAUAUAAUAUCGCAUCGAUUAGCUCUUUAGCAACACCAACCAAACCAGCGGUGGCUGCGAGGAUGCUUGGAGACAAAUAUGCAAUAAUCGAUUCUAGUUUUGAUGGUUUUCAAGAUACACUUUGCGAUGGUUUAGGCAGACACUACUACAAACGAUGUGUUAUCUCCGGUGGCAUAGAUUUCAUUUUUGGCUAUGCCCAAUCCAUUUUUGAGGGGUGUACGUUGAAAUUAUCGAUCGGAAUCUACCCACCAAACGAACCGUAUGCAACGAUAACGGCACAAGGAAGGCAGUCGCCAAUGGAUAAAGGAGGGUUCGUGUUUAAGGACUGCACUGUUAUUGGAAAUGGCAAGGUUAAGGCGUUACUGGGACGAGCGUGGGAACCUUAUGCACGUGUCAUCUUUUACCAUUCUAAUUUUGGCGACGCUAUUUUGCCAAUUGGUUGGGAUGCUUGGAACGGAAAAGGACAAGAGGAGCAUAUAACGUUUGUGGAGUUUGGUUGCACUGGAGUUGGAGCGGACAUGUCAAAGAGAGUGUCAUGGCUCAGGAAGGCAAGUGAAAAAGACGUUCUGCAAUUUACGAAUCUUACCUUUAUUGACGAAGAAGGUUGGCUCAGUAGGCUUCCCAUCAAAUUUUAGAGGUGUUAAUAUGGAUUAGUCCAUUCGUUUUACGCUUGUUCGGUCUUCGAUAGAUUAAA